CCCGCCCCACCCCCUCCUCCCCAAGAGGGAGACCCGGGACCAGACACCUUUCACCCACGGGCGCCGAGCUUGCCAAGGCUGAGGCAGGAGGAGGCCGCGCCCAUGGGGUUUCAGCAACUGCCGCUCGCCGCCCUGUACCUGCUGGGGGUGCUGGUCACUUCCUGCCUCGGAGGGCCCUACUGGGAUGACUCAGGGAAGCUGGUGAAACUGACAGGCUCCAACUCGCCGUGCCAGGGCCAGCUGGAGGUCCACUUCGGGCACAAGUGGCACACGGUAUCUAGCUGGAGCUGGAGCCGGAACCAGAGCCGCUGGGAGGACCCCAAGCAGGCCUCGAAGCUCUGCUGGAGGUUCUCAUGCGGGGACGCCUUGGUCUUGGCCCACGUCCCUGACUUCAACAGUCCCCACAACUCAGUCACCUGCUACGGACACCCGGGGUCCUUCUCCAACUGCAGCCCCAGUGAGCCCAGCCAGAGGAGCCCUCUGGGCCUGAUCUGCCUAGAGCCACCGAAGACAAAACCCCCUCCCACGAGCCCCCCACCCACCACCACUCCAGAGCCCACAGCCCCUCCCAGGCUGCUGCUGGUGGCCGGGCCUGGAGGCCUGCGGUGUGCCGGCGUGGUCGAGUUCUACCAAGGCAGCCUCGGAGGGGCCAUCAGCUACAAGGUGCAGGAGCAGGACGGGACCCAGGACCUGAAGAACCGCAUCUGUGCGGCCCUCCAGUGUGGCUCCUUCCUGAGGCACCUGCCAGAGGCCGAAACGACCAGGACACAAGAUCCAGGGGAGAGCAAGGCCUUGCCGAUUCGAUGGAAGAUCCAGAACGCAAGCUGCGCCUCCCUGGACCAGUGCUUUGGAAAAGUACCCCCCUACGAGGGUGGCCAAGCUCUGGCCCUCGUCUGUUCUGGUUUCCAGCCCAAGGUGCAGAGCCGCCUGGUGGGGGGCGGCGGCUUGUGUGAAGGCUCUGUGGAGGUGCGCCAGGGCAAGCGUUGGGAAGUCCUGUGCGACGUCCCCUGGGCCAAGAACACAGCGCGGUGGGAGGAGGUGUGCCAGGAGCAGCAAUGCGGCAAAGUCAACUCCUACCGGGUGCUGGAUGCCGCCGAGAAGACAGCCCGCGCCCUCUCCUGUCCCCAGGAGAAGCUGUCCCAGUGCCAUCAGCUGCAAGAGAAAAAAGCCCAUUGCAAGAGGGUGUUUGUCAAGUGCCAGGACCCAAACCCGGCAGGCCUGGGCGCAGGCACCGUGGCGAGCAUCAUCCUGGCUCUUGUGCUCCUGGCAGUGCUGCUGGUUGUGUGCGGCCCUCACGCCUACAGGAAGCUGGUGAAGAAAUUCCGCCAGAAGAAACAGCGCCAGUGGAUUGGCCCCACAGGAAUGAACCAGAACAUGUCUUUCCAUCGCAACCACACGGUGACCGUCCGGUCCCAGGUUGAGAGCACCUCCGUCUCACAUGUGGAGAAUGAAUACAGUCAGCCGCCCAGGAACUCCCACGUCUCUGCUUAUGCAGCUCUGGAAGGGGCCCUGCAUCGUGUUUCCACCCAGCCUGAUAACUCUUCCGAUAGUGACUACGAUUUGCACGGGGCUCAGAGGCUGUGAAAGAACCAGGCCCCAGGUAGGAAACACCAAGAGCCAGACCUGUCUCCUGAGAACACUCUGCGUUCGCUGCCUGGAAGUAAUUUCUGCCCCAGCCAGAACAUGGACCGAGGCAAGGGGGCCUUCAGCGACGUCCCCUGUCCCUGCAGUGGCAGGCUGCUGAAGCCUGGCCCGGGGGGGAGACCCCCCACACAGCUGGGCUGCCCCUCCGCGUGUGGGAGCCGUGAGAGGCACAGCCCAGAAACCAGAGCCCCCCCACCGCCAAGCAGAAAUGUGGGGAGAAGCACCCAGAAGAAUUGGUUCUCUCCUCAGACUCUGACCCCAGUGAGGAAGGAAGCUCCCCUCUGGGGCAUGGGCGGAGCUCAGUUCUCUAGUGUCUUUUUAAUACGUUCUUGAUAAAUAAUACUUCUGCUUCCUGUGAACUAGAGGGCCUCCCCUCGUCAGUCCACGGUCCAGCCCCCGGACCCCUCUGGGAACAGUGGUGGCCGUCGUGGCCAGAGAGCUGCACACCUGAAAACGGAGUGGCUCAAAUGGCAGGCGGCUGUCCCCUGACGCGGAGCCCCAUCACCACCUUGAUUCUAUGGCCACCUCUCAGCCACUCGCCCCAAGACGCCUUCCAGACAGACAGCACUGGAUCUCUGGGACCGCUGGCUGCCAAGCCCGAGGGCACCGUGCCACCCCAGGGCCUGGCACCAAGAGGGCACCUGGGCCUGGCACCAAGAGGGCACCUGGUACAUCCUAGACGAUGUGGGGUUUUGUUUCAUCCAGCAGUUUAAAGUUCAAAGCUAAAGUGCUUUCAGCCCAUCACAGCGAACUUCUAAGCCGAGAGUCUGAGACUGGGGCUGGACAUUCCUGGGAGUUAAAUAAUUCAUUCCCUCAGCGGAAACUGUCUCUGCCACUCAGAGUGUCUAGACACACACGGUACCCUGCAGAGCCCGGGUUUCCUUAGAGAGGAAGGGAGGACGAGCGAGAGGGGAAUGUCUCCCUGGGAGCUUGAAAAUCUAGAAAAGGCAGAGACUGGCCCAGGCCCCAGUAAGCCCUUGGGCACCAGUCCCCUAAGGAGGUAUCUUGGGUCUGGGGCCUUCCUUCACGCACUCUGCCACUGUCUCCACCGGGAGCAAGAGUUCCUCACGGCCCGAGCCACAGAAGCCAACGCUGGAAGAACCACGGGGAAUUACUAGAAGGAUAUGGGGGAGGGGUGCUCACAGAAUCAGGGGAUCCGGGGGAAUUAGCGGGUUACAAGUGUCUGGUCAGCACUCUGCCAACACCCUCCAACCUGGCCUCCCGGCCUCCCCUGCUCAGGACCCAGAGUCCUGGCAGAGCCCAGGGGCCAAGCCCAGGUCUCGGAUCUGCCCCAACCAUGCUAGGGAUCUGGAAACAGGGGCACCCAGUCACCUUCCUACACGUGGCAGGGGUAAGGGGCUCCUCAAGAGGGAACUGAGACGCGGCUUUUAGGGAGAGCCGUCGGGGAGCAAGAAUUCCUGUGUCCGCCCCCCCCCCCAGCAGUCCUACUAGCUGGACUAAGAAUCAAAUUGACGUGAGACAGAGUAACGGGAGAAAAUCAAACUUAAUAGGAGUGUGUACGGGGAAUCCACACAGACGUGGAAAUUGCAAAGUCAGGCCGAAUGAGGUCUACGUGUCAUUUUGAACAAAGGAGAAGGGUAGGGCUCCGGGUCUUCAAAGGGAAGGAAUGCUCUUCACAGGGCAGUAAGAAGACCAGAUGUUUGGUAAUUAGAUGUUUGCCCUGCCGUACAGAUGGGCCACUCAGAUAAAAUUUAUCUCUGGUAAUAACACUUACUCUGGAAAGA